UGACCGUGGCAGAUUAUGCCAACUCAGACCCAGCUGUUGUGAAGUCUGGACGGGUGAAGAAAGCUGUGGCCAACGCAGUGCAGCAGGAAGUAAAAUCCCUGUGUGGUUUGGAAGCUUCCUGUGUCCCUGCUGAGGAAGUUCUCUCUGUGUCGGGAGAGUCCUGUGACAGCAGCGAUGAGAUGGAUAUCAAGGAGAGCAUCAAUGGGAGAGCUGCCUCCAGGAAAAAGAAGAGCAAAAGGCACAAAGAAGAUGCUGAAGGGGGAGGAGGAGAGGAAUAUCCCAUCGACAUCUGGCUGCUCCUGGCUUCCUACAUCCGCCCUGAGGACAUUGUCCGGUUCUCUCUGAUCUGCAAGAAAGCCUGGACUGUCACAUGCACUGCUGCAUUUUGGACCAGGCUCUACAGAAGGCACUACAGCCUGGAUGCGUACCUGCCCCUGCGCCUGCGGCCGGAGUCCAUGGAGAAGCUGCACUGCCUGCGCGCCUGCGUCAUCCGCUCCCUGUUCCACAUGUACGAGCCCUUCGCUGCCCGCCUCUCCAGGAACCCCGCCAUCCCAGACAGUACUCCCAGCACUUUAAAGAAUUCCAGAUGUCUGCUUUUCUGGUGCAAAAAGAUUGUAGGGAACAGACAAGAAGCAAUGUGGGAAUUCAACUUCAAGUUCAAAAAGCAGUCUCCCAGAUUUAAGAGCAAGUGUUGCAAAGGUCUCCAGCCCCCAAUCCAGUAUGAGGAAGUGCACACAAACCCAGAUCAGGAUUGCUGCCUGCUGCAGAUAACCACCUUCAAUUUCAUCUUCGUGCCAAUCGUCAUGGGCAUGACCUUCACCUUGUUCUCCAUCUCGGUGAGCACGGACAUGCGGCACCACCGCGUGCGCCUGGUGUUCCAGGACGCGCCCGUGCGCAACGGGAAGAAGCCGCGCAUGGAGCAGGGGGUGCAGGUGGUGCUGGACCCUGUGCACAGUGUCAGGCUUCUGGAUUGGUGGCACCCACAGUACCCCUUCUCCCCAAAGGCCUAGUGCUCUCCUGAGGCUGCAGGAGCCCACAGGGGACUGAAUCUGGCAGGCUGAAGAGAAUUUCUAGGAACCAGGAAAUCCUAUUUUUAUUUCUGAAAUAAAUUCUGCAGUCUCCUUGCAAGUGGUUGAA